AUGUCUGCAGCUGCUUUAAAGAGAGAUUCAAUCAAUGAACAUUUGAUGCUCAAAGAGAGUGUACAAUCAAAUAUUAGUGAGAUACAGAAGUUAAAGAAUGAUAUAGACUUAUUGAAUCAGGACAGGAAGUUCUACUAUGAUGAGAAUCUUACAUUGAAGGAUGAUAAUGCAAGAUUACAGGCAUCAGUUACAAGGUUGGAAUUGGCAAAUGAAAGAUACAAGGCAUUGUUACAACAGACAAAUGAAAAGUUGCAGAGGACACAGACUGAUCAGAUGGCGGCAGUACAUACAAUAAGAUCAAUGUCACAGGUUGCCGAACAGGAUAAGGAGUUUAGGACAAGGUUCAAUCUGCCAGAGGGCGAGUUCUCAAUCAUUGCAUACUCUUGCGCCAAUGACUCGUUCCAAUCGGGCACUCUACACAUCUGUCCAUUCCACAUCUGUUUCGAUCCAAGUGCUUUGGCCAAUGCAUUUGCCAAAGAGAAUCCAAUAUGGACACUGCCCAUCAGGGACAUUGUGUCACUGAACAAGGUCAAAGUGAUCAAGUUCCUGCCGGGCAAGGGCACCUGUGUAGAGAUCCGCACCAAAGAUGGCGGACUGCGCUUCCUCAAGGGUUUCCUCAGUCGCAAGGAGUGUCUGAGGAACAUCUACAAUCAAGCGUUGACCAUUGGUCACAAGAUAGACAUGCUGAGAGAGAAUCUACCGGAUCAGGAACAUGCUGAACCCAUUACCGCCGCCAAGGAUCAGCAGGCAAGUUCUCAAAAGAAUGAAACAAUGACAAAGACGCAGCUGGAAGAC